AUGAUAUCUGCAAGAAGUGAUCGUGCGGAGACUAACGGCCUGCUUCAGGCCGGAGAUGUUAAGGAGACUUGGAUCAAGAAAAGUCAAAUUUCGUGGAGAUUUCCUGGCAGGGACAAGAAGGACUCCCUUGUGGUCAAAGAGCUUUGUUGUGAUAGGCAGAGCAACAAGUCCAAGAAAGGCAAAAAGUCAACUAAGAAAACCAAGUCAGGAAAAUCCAAAAAGGCCUCAAAGAAAGGAAAAAGGAAAGCAAAGUCUAUGAGAAAGAAUGAUGACAAAAAACAAAAGAAAAAGGAAAAGAAAAGGGAAAAGAAACAAAAGAAGAAGGCUGUCAAGUCAAUAAAAAAAGUAAAGGGUAAUAGAUCUUCAAAGUCAGGAUCUGCAAGACAAACUUGCACCAUUUCAGAUUCAUGUGUUUCAACCGCUGUAAGCUAUCUGAGAAUUGUGCAGAAUCAGGUUGCCAACUUCAAAAAUCAAAGGGACAGAAUUGUGCGACAAAACACAACUGGCACAAGAAAGAAUGAUAAGAAAGAUGUUUUUUCUGCACCUCUUAACAGACUUGUUGAUUUUGCCGGGGGUAAUAGAACUGCCCCAACCUGUGGAUCUCUGACCAAAGAAGCAGGUGUUAAUAACAUCAAGAACUUGACUGACACACUUAACAAGUGCUCUGAUAACAUCAAGGCUGCCUGUGACAUUUCAGCUCUCCCACAACCAAACACAACCUUUGUGGACGAUUGCACCAAAAAGACUGAAGCUUUUGAAGCUGAAGUUGAGGCGUGUAGAUCAAAGUCUGGAGCUGAAGCCUGUACAUGCUGGGCUGCCCCCACACUUGGAGCUGAUAUUGCCACCAUAAGGACAUGCUCACUUGCUGAGGAAGCAAAAGCUAUGGCUGCUGCAGUUACAGCAUGCAAAGCUGCUUUUUCAAGCUGCCGUAAGUUUGAGGAUGAAGUUGCAGGAGCUAUUCACUCAUGCAGUGUGAGCACUGAUGGUUUAAAAAGUAAACUAAAGAGUUUAGCAGCAAACACAGAUGCAGUCACCAAAGCAAAGGACAAGAUCAAUGCAAUCAUAAAUAGUAGACAGAUGGUAUCAAGACAAGCACCAGCUGCCAGUUGUGCAGAAAUCAUUUCAAUAUCUGCAGAACUACUUGUACUUAUUGGACAAGCACCUGCAUCUCCCAGAGUAGCACUUUUGGCUGUUUCAAUUUCUACCACAACAGCUUCCUGUUCAGCUGCUGAAAAAGCAAGCUUGAAAGAGUCAGCUGCAAGUUUUGAAACAGCUCUGGCAGCUAUUGCUUCUGAAGUAGCUGCAGCUCAAGCAACCUUACUACAGGCUACAGGAAGUACUGCAGUAGCAGCUGAUAUUGCUGCUGCUCCAUCAUGUGCUACUGACAGCUGUGCACCACCUUCUGUAGUUGAAACAACUGUAGAUCCUGCAACCACAACCCCUGCUCCAACAACUACUGCCACUAAGGCUCCCUCUCAGGCUACAGGAAGUACUGCAUCAGCAACUGACAUUGCUUCUGCUCCAUCAUGUGCUACUGACAGAUGUGCACCAUCUUCUGUAUUUGAAACAACCGUAGCUCUCACAACUAGUAUGGAAUAUGCUGUGUACUGCAUUCCAGGAAUCCAGGGGCUCGAUGUUUAUCUCAGACUUCUCUUCCAGGGUUCCGUCGAACUGGGAGAGGAGAAGGCUGUUGAGAUGAGAAUCUAA